UUAAUUUCCUGCAAGAAGGAUGACUGAGUCAACAGGCGACCGGGCAGGCGAUUCCCACCGACCGACGGCCACUCCGGCCCCGGCGGCCACCCCCCUGCGCCGGUAGCCACCCCGGCGCCGACGCCCACCACCCACGCCUCUCUUGCCCCAUCGCGCUUCCCCUGGAGCCUGCUCGACCGCCGCUCGACGUUGCUGGCCAGAUGCGGUUGGCGUCUCUGCCGCCGUCGUGGCCAGCACUCCAGCCGGCGCAUCCCACGCUGCUCCGCCACCACAAACCAGUAAUCCCCUCUCAACCCCUCUCUGGACCACCCCUUUCCCCACGAAGCUCCACCCCACGCCGGAACCCCCAGUUCUGGCUGGAGUCGCCGCCGCCGCCGCCAUCCAGAUCUGCUGUGCCUUUCUCCGCCGACGAUGUCUCCCACGUCUCGGAGUCCCCGGAUCCAAGGAGUUCGCCCACGCCUGCUAUGCCACGCUCCUUCGCUGAUGCUGUCAGGUUGGAUUUCAAUCCCGCCAAAGGAGACGGCCUGCCCGUUUUCAAAUCCCCACACGGCCAACCACCGCCGCGCCCAAAAUUGAAGUCCGCCAUUACUAUCCCAGCCUGGAGCACCUUUCAGCGUCGCGCCUACAGGGCUACUCCCGGAGAGGAAAUGGGCGUGCGUCGCAUCCAUGGUACGGCGAGACCAGGCCGCUUCAAUGGCGAGUGGAAGGAAGUCAAGCCACGCCACUGGUGGCGCCGCUCGCCGCAUUCACCCGAGUCCCAGCGGCCAGCUUCCAGGCGACAAGACGCACAUUCAAGGCGCUCGUUGGCUCCCGCUGCAUCGGCAUCGCUGCGCCUCUUCAGAGAGAGAACGGCUGGAAAAUGCUUCAACUGCCUUGCGCGUGAUCACCGCGCAGCGCGCUGCAGGGACCCGGUUCGUUGCUUCAGAUGUUUCCGUUCGGGGCACAAGGCAAACUCCUGCUCCCGGCGUGAACCGCGACCACGCCAACCUCGCCAGUCUCCACAGAAAGCGCUGCGCCGCCAAGCUUCUACACCACCCCCGCCACAGAACACGUCGCACCGCCAGGCUUCUACGCCAUCCCCGUCUCUUCCCCGGGCUACACGACCACGCCAACCACGCCAGUCUCCGCAGAACACGUCGUGCCGCCAAGCCUCCACACCACCUCUGCAGCUACCUCUUCCACCCAAGCCGUCCUGCAACACGCGGAUGGCUCUACUGGGAGACCCGGCGACCCGGCCGGAUGAAGACCACUGCUUCGUUCCGACACCGUUCGCCACGGAGGCUGAGCGGAAAGAAUGGGAAAGCUCGGCGGUGGUGUCCUGGGCGAUGCGGGCACCGGCUUCCACAACGGCGCAAGAUGUUGAGGCGGCUUUUCGGGAGGAAUUCCGUCUUCGGCGAGGGGAGGUCACGGUGACGCGCCACCACCCGGAAGCCUUCCUGAUCAAGUUCGAGCAUAGCAGUCACUGCUAUGAAGCUAUGCGCAAGGGCUUCGUCAAGCGAAACGGUAUUGAGCUCCACUUCAUCAAGUGGCGCAGCCUGAGUGCGGCCCUCGGCAUCGCGCUCAUGUUUCGCGUGCGCCUGUGUCUAGAUGGUAUCCCGCGGCACGCCUGAUCCGCCGACAUCGUCGAGCGGCUCAUCGCGCGCACCUGUGGCCUCGAGGAGAUCGAGACCAACCUGAUCCACCCGGUCGACACUCGCACGGUGGAUGUGUGGGCUUGGACCGGCAAUCCGAGCUCCAUCCCGAAGCGGAUGUGGCUAACCUUUACCGGCUCGACGCGGGGAGCCAAACCAGAGCAAAUCCUGGUGUCCGACAGACCGCCGGCACACUGGCAACAUGGCGCCAAAUUCUGCGUCUACAUCCACCUGGAGGAGAUCCACGACUACACGACGGUGGCGGUAGACCUCGAUGGCAACGAGGCAUGCGCGCCCUCCAAGCGGCGCCUUCCGGAGUGGCACCUCGGCGUGGCCGACGGGGACCCGGUACCAACGCGAGCCUUCGAGAACUUCCCGCACCACCCGCCUCCACCACGCACUCGUCAAGGCCGCGAGCCAGAGCGCAUCGACGACCGCGACGACCGUCGCCGAAGAGCCAAAGAUGAUCGUGACCGGAGCCGUCCCAGGCGGUCGUAUAAUGACGACCACCCGGACCACGACAGGGACCAAGCCUGGCGACGGCGCGACGACGACGACGACCGCGACGGCAGGGGCGGCCGGGGCCGCGAGGCAUGGCGAGGACGAGAAAGCCGCAAAGUCUCGGGCCUUGAUGGCCAACGCGUGCGCGAGCGUUCGCCGCGUCGGCGCGACUGGGCAGAGGACGACCGUCGCGGUGACCGGCGUCAUCACGUGCAGGCUGCUGUCGCCCUGCCUGCUACAAUCCCGCCUCUCAAGCUCGCUCCGAAGCAGGUAACUGAUUUUAAGAUGUUGUUUUCCCUUAACUCCCACCCUCUUCAGGCACCAAGGGAAAACCUCCGUGAGACGGGGGAAAGGCUUGUGAACAGGGUGAACAAUUUCGCCGCUGCGGUGGAUGACGCUUCUCAGCCUGGCGGGGAAGAAGCCUGGUCCGACCGCCGGCCAAGUCGCGUCCAUGACGUCCCGAUCCGGCAGGUGUUCGACCGGCUCAAGCACUGCCUCUUCCCUGCUGGCAUCCACUCUACACCAAGCCACUCGGGCCAAGUGAUGCCUCAUGACGAGAGGGCGUCGAUCGGCGCGGUGGAAGAAGCACUUGCAGCACUUUAGCUCAUGGCGGACGCGGGUCAUGCCGUCGGCGAGCGAACGCCGCCAUUUCCAACAUCCCCCCUCCAGUGUGCUGGGCCAUCACCAGUAUGGGCCGGCCUCCUCCCGGACCUUGGGCUGCAGACAGGAGGGAGCUGUCACGCAAUGGGCCUGAUGGGCCAUGAAGACCUUCAGCCUGCCCUGCCGAUGUCUACUUUCACAGGCUUGCAAGCGGGCCAUGAUACGGCCCACCCAUCACCACCACAGGGCCAACAGGCUCGAACCGACACCACGGCCACCAUCAGCGAGGCAACACUGCAGCCGCCACGGCGGUUGCGUCGAAGACGGUGACGCCGCCGCAGCUGAUUACAGCUGCGCCAACGACGGAACAAGAUGAACACCAAGAUGCCGGGAAUAAGAACACGCUGCAAGUGCUGGAGAGCCUCUUCUCCACCCCGCCGCGCGCCGUUUUGCCACGGCCGACCUCCCCUGCGCUGACGACGACCCAAGCGACCCCAGCGCCAGCACCGGCGCCGCCAGGUGGCCACGGGAUGGAGCGUCGCCGCAGCGCAAGACUCGCGGCAAAGCCGCCAAUGCCAACUAUGCAACGCUGCACGAGGGUGUUAUUGAAGCGGCUUGGCAUGCUCCAUGACGACAAGACGCUCGACGAGGUGCUCUCCGACUACAUCGCCAUGUUCAAUGGACCUCUACCGCAACACGUGAUCGCAGCGCUCACGUCCAUCUUCGACAUCGACGCCGAUGCAAUCAUGGAAGCCAAUCACGUCGACAACACGCUCCUGGAGGUUGUCGGCGAAGGCGUCGCUGACCUUGUCGAGGAGGUUGCCGACACAGCGGCAUGAACGGGAGGGUGGGCGCCCUGCUGAGUACUCUGUCUUCUCCCCAUGAUUUCUACCCCAGAUGAAAGUUUGUACCCUUUUGCUUGUGCAAAGACUCAUAGUUUGCACCCUGCGGCUGCUGAUGGAGCUUUUGCUAAUCGUCGCAUGUAUCCUGCGUGGGAAGCUGCCCUACAUUUGGAUGAUUUACGUUUACGGAACUA